CUCCCUGACAAGCAACUCGACAACGUCGACCAGCAACACGACACGAUGAGAUUCCCGACGCUGAUAGCCGGCCUGAUGGCCAUUAUGGCCACAAACGUUGCUGCUACGGCAUUGACCUACAAGCUGUCCGCCAACGAAAAGGCUUGCUUCUACGCGACCACGAAGAACGAGAACGAGAAGGUCGCCUUCUAUUUUGCUGUUCAAUCGGGUGGUUCGUUUGAUGUCGACUACCUCGUCGAGGGUCCCGGUGGAAAGGUCAUCCUGCAAGGCGAAAAAGAGCGGCAGGGCGACUUCGUCUUCACUGCGCAGCUGAUUGGAGACUACUCGUUCUGCUUCGACAACGAGAUGAGCACAUUUUCCGAGAAAUUCGUCGACUUCGAGAUUGCUGUCGAAAACGAGUCCCGAACCGCCCAGCUGCCCUCCAAACAGGGCUCAUCACCAGAGCAGACUUCCGUCUUGGAGGAGUCCAUCUUCAAGAUCUCCGGCCAGCUUUCCACUAUUUCCCGAAACCAAAAAUACUUUAGAACACGUGAGAACCGCAACUUCAGCACUGUCACGAGCACGGAGAAGCGCAUUGUCAACUUUAGCAUGAUCCAGAUUGCUCUUAUUGUCUGUAUGGGUGCGCUGCAGGUGUUUGUUGUCAGAUUCUUCUUCCAGGGUGCUCGCAAGGGUUACGUUUAAGCAAACUGCCAAAAUGUGUUUUUUCUUUACGUCUAAAUCUAUCUUUAUGGAAAGAUAGACCAGGCAAUAGGCUGCUGGUUGACACGGGGUGGGAUGCUGCAUGCUGGCGUUUCUAUGCGCAGGGAUGGGUGCUUAGGUAGGCCAGCGUGGCCAAAAAAGAUCACGACAAUAAGCGUGUUUUGUAGACCGAGAAUGGCCGAUGAAGGGCGUCAUUGGAUUCUCAUGAAAUACUAAUGAAAAUAAGGAGACGCCAUUUUUAAAACAGAAAAUAAUUAUACACAUCCUAAUAAAUACGAGUAUCUAUUUGGUGAUUGCUUGCUGUACCUAGUCGACGACAUAUCAAUGUAGCACCUAUUGCCAUGGUGGG